AGUACACCGUUGAGUAAUGUGAAAGGUGAUAAAGACUUAUUCGAUCUACCUGCAUAAGGAUAAGACUAGACAAAGGCUUAAUAUGAAAUUUAUGAGAAUUAAUACAAAUGUCAAAAGAAACAUUUAAACUCAUGUCAUAUCAAUGAAAGGACAUGAAAAAGUGAAAUAUAAUCAUGCCUAUCAGAAAAAGUGAGGCUUACGAUGAUCCCCUUAGAACACAGUCUGUGAGAGGCCACGAUAAUGUCGCCUUGCCAGAUAAGAUUGAACAAGAAAAAUUCCUCGAAGUGGAAGAAGCUCAUAUUGAAUGGAGUAACCUGAUAUUUUUACCUUUCCAUUCAGUUUUCAAUAUGUUUGUGCUAGUCGCUGUUGUCAUCAAAGCCAUACUGGGACCUAUACAAUCGGUUUAUCCGAUUGUCUACUGCAAUGAUGUUAUGGACCACAAUCCAAUUUUGGUUUUCGUAAAAUACUUUUAUUGGUAUCUUUGCGAUUCGCUUUAUGGGAUUGACACCUUCCUUCACGUUGUGCACAGGCAAGUGACAGACAAAGCCAUGAGACGGGAACACAUACCGAAGGCUGCACCACUAUUAUUAUGUGAUGUUGUAUCAUUGAUCCCAUUUUUUCGACUCCUGGAAUCUGAUCCGUGCCCACCGGCUAGGCUGUGGCCAAACAUACUCUCGUUUAAUGAAUUUGUCAUCGUUUACAGAAUUACAGAAUAUUUUCAAUUGAUGUCUACACACUCGUGUAUGAUGCUCAUCCUAGGCUACACCAUUGUCUUAGUGAUAUGCCUCAAUUCUUUGACCUGCUUCUGGAUGCUGAUAACUCAUGAAGGUUUUUGCGCUCGAUGCAAGGAACCAGGCAACUUUUACGAUUGGGAAGCUUACACACAUGGAAAGUUGAACGUGACGCAGACUGAAUUUGUCACCUUCGUGCAAGCCUAUAUGUUUAUAUAUUCAUUCAGUGGAAAUUCAUUUUUUGAUAAUCUCAUCCUACCGUCUGCCUUGUUAGAAUUUGGAAUGGUGUGCAUUUUUCUGAUGGCUGGAUAUAUACUUCGUUAUUUCAUUAUUACGCCAAAAACAUUUGCUGAAGCAAUGUUAAGUCUCCGUAGAAUUUGUGAAAAAUAUCCACUCGUCAUGAAAGUUAUUCAUGACACCGAAAGAAGAAGUUCGGACCCGAAAGCUGCGAAAGAGGUUGAAAAUUUUUAUAAGAUAAUAUGGUGGAAACGUGGAGGGAUCAUUAAGUUACCUCCAGAAUAUACUGAGGGAAUACCGAGAUAUCUAAGACUGGAGGUCAAACAAGACUUGCUAUGGCCAAUGUAUUACCAUAGCCCUCUAUUAAGACAAUCAUCUUACCCAUUUCGCAGGUGGGUAUCGGAAACUGUGAGCAUAGCUUAUAGAUUCCCGGGCGACAAAUUUUACUCAGGCAGCCUUGCAAGUGGUAAUUUAUAUUACCUAAAGUCAGGGGUCGUUGAACUUGUUUCUGCUGACGAUGGUAUGACUCCCAUUAUUUCGGUGACAAGUGGUACAGUGUUUGGAGAUAUAAACUUUUAUGUUCCCCAUUUAAAAAGGAAAGUUCUGGUCCGUUGUUUGACUUAUUGUGAAAUUUAUUAUUUACAACGAAAAUGUAUGAUUCAAGCUUUACAUAAAUAUCCAGGAGAUAGGCAAGUAAUGAUGCGAAUGGUUAAAAAUCGAUUAGAGCACGCAAAAAUAUUAUAUUCUUGCAAAUCUUACAUAAGAGGCAUAGACAGAAAUGAAGAUGAAGGAAUUAAUUGGAUAAAAAGGCGCUGGUGGCAAAUACACGACAUAGUCCACGUAAUUACAAAAAAAACUGGCAAAUCCCGAGAAGAUAUUAAAUUUGAAAUUCCACAUGAAGAGACUAUUUAUCACUGCUCUAAAUAUAUAGGACAGUUGGUUUUAUGCACAUCAACAGAAUUACAAACUAACUCUAUGUUCACUCGACUUAAAUUUCCUUGGUUAAUGAAUCCUUAUUCCAGAUUUGGUUAUGUAUGGCAUUACAUUGUUAACGUUACCGUUAUGCUUGUAGUUUGUAUUUAUCCGACAAAUUUAGUUCAACGCAAUAUUCCUGAUUGGUUUCUAUUUUUUUCAUAUUUUUGUGAUACCAUCUAUGCCCUCGAUAUUUGUGUGUCUCUUUUCACUGCUGUGGAAUCCGAAACACAGGAAUCGGUAACAAAUACUUUCGCCCUAGUGGUGUUUGAACGUUGUAAGAGUCUUACAUUUAUCCUUGAUUUAUGUGCAACAAUUUGGAUUGAAAAAAUAGCUCUACUAGUUGGAUCCAAAAAUUAUUAUUAUACCUAUCAAUUUAAUAGACUCAUUAAAGUUUAUAGACUUUUUUAUGGGCCGUACCUUAAAAUGGAUAUAAGACGAGAUCCUUUUUUGGCUGUUAGUCGCAGAGUGGCAUUAAUUCAUUUUGCUUAUGCAACUAUAGUAUCCCAUGGUGUGUUUGAGUUAGCCAGCCGCGUCUCAGCGUUACGAUCUGAAUUUUUCUUCGGAAAAGUACUUUGUUCUAAAUCAGUUACCACAAAUUGUACGAGGACUGAUCCUUUUCUCGGUGUUAUUAUUGAGUGGCAAUACGAGUGGAUGUAUUCAGAAUAUUUUGCUAAUAGUAUGGAAGACGUCUUUGUCGGCCUAAUUCUUCAUUAUAUGAACUAUUUGAUGGCUGUUUAUAGUAGAGCCAUUGUCGUCGCCUAUUUGUACUUGAAACACAGGAACCACAUGAACUAUCAAAGAUUUGUUUCUACAAUGAAGGCAUUCUAUACUAAUCUCAGGAUACAUGCUGAUCUGGUAAAGAGACUUGAUAGGUAUCUUAUAUGCCACUGGAAGUACCAUAAAGGGUACGACGUGAUGUAUUCAAAUACAUUAAAGUCUGAACCAGUUGAAGUUUAUUGGAAAGCCCAGGGCGAGGUGGCAGAAGAAAUUAUUAAAGAGUCGAAGGCCUUUGAUCACGCUGAUCCAAUGUUGAUUCGAGAACUAGCUUGUGCAUCUAGGUUUUUAUUGGUGCCACAGCGUGCCAGUAUAUUCACAUUCGGAACUAGUUGUAAAAACGUCGUUUGGAUUGUACAGGGCUACGUGAAGUGUGAGCAUUCUGAUGAAAAAGGUGAAUUGGUUGCUUCAUACAGCGGGCGUGGUGCUCUGCUGGCUACCAGUUCAGUUCUCCUUGGCAGAGUUUCACUUGAAUCCUACACGGCAUAUACAGAUUGCGAGUUCAUCUUUAUUGAAUUAGGCGAUUUCAAUUCAAUAAUGAAACGGUAUUCAUUUGAAUAUUCAUAUCUCCAAACUUGUGUUAAAGAAUUUAGUCCCAGUUUUGAUGAAUUGUUUAGAAAACAUGUAUUGAAACAUAGAGAUUACCAAACCAAACUGAGAGAUAGGAUUUAUAGUACGAGGAUGUCAAUGGUAUCGUCUUCCAAAGUUCUUAAUAAUAUCCAGGAAAAUCGGUCGUUGCCUUUUGAGGGUUUACUCUGGGGUGACCCGGAAUCUCCUUUCAUGAAAGUCUGGUUGCUGAUAAGAGCUAUAGUUGCAUGUAUUUCUAUUUUGGCGUCGUCUUUACUGGGUGGUGUUGGAGCGUAUUAUAGAUGGGAAUUAAAUAAUAUCCGCGGCUUUUGCAAUGGUAUCGCGUGGAUUGACAUAGUCGUCAAGAUAUUUUUACCCUACUACGAUAGCCGCGGAGUCAAAAUCAUCCACAAGAGGAAGUGCUUACUGAACUACUUAACUAAAGGCUUCAUCUUGGAUGUCAUCGGUUCCUUUCCCUUCUUCCAACUGAUCCAGGCUUUAAUCACAGUUGAAAUUGAUGACGACGAUACUUUCUUGAUAAAUACAUUGUGCAAGUUUUCCCACGUGUAUAUUUUGUUUGCCUACUUUGAUUAUAUAAGUGACUUGCCAACGGUCAACAUAAUUUUGAUUACGAUGCUAAAGUGGCAAAUUAUUAACAUAUUGAUUCUUUUUGGUACCAGUCACUAUUUCAUGGUUAAAUGCGUGAAUUUUACUUUUGGCGACCACAUGAAUUUGCUUUCAAUCAGACUGAUGGAUACGUGUUGGAUGCCUGAUGCGAUUAAAUUACCUAAACAAUUAGAAUGGCAUGACUUACACUUGAUCUUUGCCCAGAGUCUAAAUAUGGCUGAAUGUGGUCUCUUAGGUAUGAAUUUUGGUAGAUUUAGGAUAGAUCGGCAAAAUCUGGGAGUGGGUGCAAUCCUAUUUUUACUGAGCAUGUUAUUUUGGUUUAUAACUUGCUACAUUAUUACUCUUAUGGUGCUUGGCUCCCGAGGAGAUACUUUAUAUCAACAUAAUGUUCAACAAAUCGAAAACUUUCUCGUGUCUGAGAGAGUUGAGAAGGAGACCAUUGAAAAAGUUAUGAGUCAUUUCCGAUACUGUUGGUUAAGAACUAAGGGAAUAGAUAUUCAACGUCUAACAAACGAUCGUAUCGGCGUGAUGUUUCGACAGGAUUUGAGUUACUACUUCUAUAAGAAGACUUUCACGAUCCUGGAUUCUAUAAUAAAAUGUGGAGAACCUAUGCAACGGCAGUUAUCAAGUGUUUGCACUCAAGUUUACUUCCUACCAGGUCAUGACAUUUGUCGGAAAAUGGAUUUGCUUACUAACAUAUGUAUAGUGCACCGCGGCAAAGUUAGCAUCCAUCAAGACGAAAAAAAGUUGGUUGUUUUGACCAAGGGUGACAUUUUUGGACAAUUGUUGGGAACGGCAAUUCGUCCUAUACGUAUAACGGCUACAGCUGAUGAAAUGGUUGAUCUGCUCUACAUCACAGUUAAAGAAUUCCAAAAGAUCAUUACAGAGGAGGUGAGGAUUAAUAUUAUCCGCUAUCCUCAACAUAAGAUGGAUUACUUGGCAACAAAAAAUAUAUUUAUUGAGAAUCCAUACGACACUGUUAAAUACCUACUUCGAGGAAGAAAAACUAUUCAGUUGAGGAAAUAUCUACCACCGAUAGAAGCAGUUCAUGGGUCGUGGUAUGCUCUAUUCCUCCAUGUCACAUGGUUCUUUGGACCUUUCCUGUCAUCUAUCAUUGUUCUACUAUUCGAAAUGUUUCCUGAAAGUAGCGAUAUGUGGCUCAGAUUUUACAUAAUCCUUGGAUUUUUAGACUUUAUUCAUCUGACACACUUUGUAUCGGAGUUCUUUACUGUUGAACUCCAAGUAAAAAAGAAUAAAGUCGUUCCACAUCGCCUCGGUGUACAAAAAUUCAAGGACUUUGCUACAUAUCUAGACAUAUUAUCACUUUUAGUGCCAAUUGCCACUGCGUUUACUGGUCAAUGGAGAUAUCAAGUCGUAAGAUUACUCAGACUUAAAUGGUUCUAUGAUUUUGAGAAGCAUUUUUGCAGAAGUUUUAAGAGUAAGUUAACUCCAUAUUUGUUGAAAAUUGGAAUCUUUUGCAUACUCUUGCACUUUUUUACAUGCGGAUGGAUCUUUAUUGCGUGUAGAGAUGAGGAAUUUCCUAUCAAACCUCUGAUAGAUCUAAAUGUUUGGAAUGAUACAAUCGACUUCACUGAAUGGAGCAAACCGAGUGACAGAAAAGCGGGUUGUGCUCGAGCGACUGUUGAUUUGCUCACAGAAGAUCAUAAGGAAAUCCCUCAUUUCGUAGUGCCAAAACAUUGGGAAUAUGACUAUAUAGUCGCAUUUACAUACAUUUUACUCAUUUUUACACAAACUACCAUCAAUACUGUGAUGGUAUUGACGACAUCUCAAGCUUACUACAAAGUGUUAAUCACAUUUGCUCUGUAUUUAGUUGAUAUUUUUAUAAUGGCUUCGGCUAUAAACAUUGCAUACAUGAAGUAUCGUGAGAUGUUCCAAAAUGACUACCAAGUGGACAAUAUACUAACAUACCUAAAGUCUUGUGGUCUUUGCCAGUCCAUAUGCGAUACUUUUGUUGAAUAUACACGUCUGUUAUGGAGUAGACAGAAAGGUGAUAAGCUUCCUCCAUUGGCUUACGAAGCUCCACCUUGUUUGAAGCAAGAUUUAUUCGGAUCACUAUACAUGCACCAUCUAGAGGCCCCGCCAACCUUCAGACAACUGCCCAUGUUCUUUAAAAAGCAGUUGGUAUCCAGGUUUGAGAGAGUCGUCAUUUUCCCUGGGAAGUGUAUCGUACGAGAGGGAGAUACAUUUAAUACCACGUAUUUCAUACACGAAGGAGAAGUUGAGAAGUGGUACUACGAUAUUCGAGGCGAGAGCAGAUUGCUGUCUGUACUGUAUACAAAUGGUUAUUUCGGAUGUAUUUCUGGCCUUUUCAUCAAUAUGGGAUUCCAAUUUUCAUAUUACUCGCGAACGGUGGUGGAUUUGGUUGUCUUGUAUUUGCAUAACUGGCAAGACUUAUUGGAUGGAUACCCCGAAGUUAGACACCAAUUAUAUGCAAGUACCAAAGGAAUGAAGAAGGAAAAGAGAGGUUUUACUUAUUGAAGUAUUGUUGAUUCUACCAAUAAUGAGUGAUGACAUCACUUUUGAAUUACGAUUAUUCAGUUCAUUAUCUUUUUUAAAUAAAAAUAAUAAUUUAUUACCAAAACAAAAUACUAAUAAUCAUAAUUUCUGAACGAAAUUCAAAUCGUCUACUCGUCACUUUCAUGCAACAACAUUUGUCAUAAGAUUGCGAUAAAAAUGAAUGCUCAGUAUAGUAGCUUUCUUUUGUUUCUAAUGUCACUAUUGGUCUCUCGCGGCUCUCCGCUCGUGUGGACCUCAGAUAUUGCUGUAAACUUUGAUCUUCACUCUCUAUCUUUGUGCCAAAUUUCAUCAAAUUCCAUUUAGUAGUUUCUGCGUGAAAGAGUAACUAACACACACUUCUCGAAUGAUGUAAAAGGCAUGAUUGAAUUGUAAAACUUUGAUUGGUCGUUUUGUUAUGGCAUUAU